CUUUAGCGUCUGUGUCCACCACAUGGGAGGAGUCACCGUUUAAAGUCGCUGCUGCCGCUGCUCACACUUGUCUGUAGUCAGCUAACGUUGAUUAAUUCGCUGACGAUAAAAAUGAGCGAUAAAAACAAAGACCGGGUUAAGGUUGGACCAAGAAAAAGCAGAAGUCUCAUGUCCACUUUAAUUUCAAUAAUAUGAAGUUCAGAUGUGUGAAGCACAAUUAUUGAAUGCAUGCAAAAGCAUGGCGAGGGAAGAAGUAUGGGCUGUAUGUGAGAUGGGGGAAGUAAGAAGAAGUAAGACAUUUGAAGAAAGAAGAAUAAUAUGAAGUAAUGAAGUUAAAGAAAUGAAGUUAAGGAAGUAAUCUGCAUAAGACCACUGUGCCAAGAGUCUCGCUCUGCCUCCAGGAGCGCCAGUCCACCAGGCUCAGGAAAGUCUGCGAGCCGCUCCCCAGCUCGGUCACCAGCCUCAAAGGAAGGCUCCCGCCACCGCCGCUCCAAAUCUCGGUCUCAGUCCAGGUCAAAAUCUAGGUCCAAUUCCCAUCGUGGGUCGCGCAAACACUACAGCCGAUCCCGCUCUCGCUCCAGGUCCCAUCAUCGGCGAUCUCGUAGUAGUAGGUCCUACAGUGGAGAGCGCCGGAGCAGGAGUCAUAGCCACUCACCCAUGUCCAAUCGCCGCAGACACAUAGGAAAUCGGACUAAUCCAGAUCCAAACGCCUGCCUGGGAGUGUUUGGCCUCAGCCUGUACACCACAGAGAGGGAUCUGAGGGAGGUCUUCUCUAAAUAUGGCCCCCUGGCAGAUGUCAGCAUCGUGUACGACCAGCAAUCGAGACGCUCCAGGGGCUUUGCCUUUGUUUACUUUGAGAAUACAAAUGACGCUGGAGAGGCGAAGGAGAGAGCCAAUGGCAUGGAGUUGGACGGUCGUAGGAUCAGAGUAGACUUCUCCAUCACAAAGAGACCUCACACCCCAACUCCUGGAAUCUACAUGGGACGACCCACAUAUGGUGGUGGUGGCGGUGGCGGCGGCGGUGGUGGUGGCGGCGGAGGAGGUGGUGGUCCCAGUGGUCCUCGACAUUCACGCGACUAUGACCGCGGAUAUGAUCGCGGGUACGAUCGUGGAUACGACAGAGGUGGCUAUGAUCGCUAUGAUGACAGGGACUACCACAGGUCCUACAGAAGGCGAUCUCCAUCUCCGUACUACAGAGGUGCUUACAGGUCUCGAUCCAGAUCACGGUCUUAUUCUCCUCGUCGUUAUUAAACGUUGGUGGCAAGCAGAAAGCCCUCCUCUUUCCAACCAUGGACAGGAAACGUUUGCGUGACAUACAGUUUUUUCUUAGGGUUAUCCUCUUUUUCUGUUUGCAAAUACAUAUGACCAGUAAAUGUAAACUGACCCGAGCUGUCCCCUUAUGUUUUUAAUUUUGAAUGUGUAGGAAAUACCUGUCAUAAAUGUUUUGAUUUUUUUUUUUAUAUACAAUUUGUGUGAAAUUCAAUCUUAGAACAGAUUAAAAGCAGGAUCUGUUUUUUUCA